AUGAGUUUCCGUCUUCUUGACUUGGCCAAGUUUUUCACGCCCUUGGUUCCGGAAAUCGAGUUUCCUGACGAAUCCGUCAGUCUCGAUGAAAAAGUCAUUUACACCAUUGGAGCUGGCAUCAUCUUUACCUUGACCCAAUUGCCUACAUAUUCGCUUGUGAAAGAUGCUUCUCAGCAGAUGAUUGACCCAUUUGCCACGUUGAGGCCGCUUUUCGCUAUGGAGCAGGGCACUUUGUUGGAAUUGGGCCUUUUACCGGUGAUUCUUGCUGGGUUCGUUUGGCAGUUGGCUGCUGGCGCCAAGUUGCUUAAGGUGAACUUUAACUAUGCUUACGAUAGGGAGUUGUUCCAGACGGCGCAGAAGGUGACGGCGGUUUUCUUUGCUGCUGUGUUUUCGCUUGCGUUGCUCUUCCUGGGCUACUUUGAUAAUGUGCUUAAGGGUGGAGAGAAGACUGCUUCUCCAUAUGGAGCGUAUGUGUUGAUUUUCUUGCAGAACGUUGGCGCUUCGUUGUUUAUUACCUUGAUGGCUGAGGUUAUCGAUAAGGGCUACGGCUUUGGCUCGGGCGUUUUGUGCUUCAUUGCCUUGCAUGCUGCUGCUGGACUCGUGAGAGACGUGGCUGGCCUUGAACAGGUCGCUGCUGCUCCUGGCGAGGCUCCUCAGACUUAUGGUGUGCUUACUUCGUUGGCCAAGACCCUUGUAACCUUGGAUUUUGGCUCUAUUAAGGACUCCUUGGUUGGUUUGUUCUUCCGUCCAAACUUCCCAACCAUUGGCUCGGUGCUUUUGGUUUUGGCCGCUGCUCUUUUGACCAUUUACUUGCAAAACUUCCGUUUGGAGAUCCCAAUCAGAUCCAGCAAGGCCAGAGGCACUUCUAACGUCUACCCACUUCGUUUGUUCUACACUGGUGCUUUGCCUGUGUUGUUUGCCUUCUCUGUGCUUGGUGCUGUUCAGGUUGUGCUUUACUUUGUUGCUGUGUUCUUGGCCCCAGUGAACCCAUUUGUGAGUUCUCUUAUCGGCUCUUACUCUGAGUCCGGUAGAGUUGUUGACGGUGUUGCUUUCUACUUGACUGCUCCAUCUUCAAUUAUCGAGUCUGCCCUUUCUCCAAUCAGAGCUGUUGUCUACUCCGUCUCUGUUUUGGUUUUGGCUAUUUCUUUCGCCAGAGUGUGGGCCUUUACUUCCGGUUCUGCUCCAAAAGACAUUGCCAGACAGUUCAAGGACCAGAGCAUUGUUAUUGCCGGCAAGAGAGACGCCUCUGUUGCCAAAGAGUUGACCAAGACCGUCAACAGCGCCGCCACUGCCGGUGCCGCCAUCUUGAGUGGUGUCGCUCUUGCAGGCGAAUUGCUUGGAUCUUCCGGCAAAACCGUUGCAGUUGUUGUGGGCAUUUGCUCUGCAUUUGCCAUUUUGGAGGACUUCAUGAUGGAGUUCCAGCAGGGUGGAGGCUCCAACUCCCAGCUUGUCAAUGCCAUUGCUUCUUACCAGUAA